UCUGAAUUCAUCCUCCUGGGGCUCCCCAUCAGGCUGGAAGAGCAGGGCAUGUACUACUCCCUGUUCUUGGUCAUGUACCUGACCACAGUGCUGGGGAACCUGCUCAUCAUCCUGCUCAUCAGGCUGGACUCCCGCCUCCACACGCCCAUGUACUUCUUCCUCAGCCACUUGGCGCUCACCGACAUCUCUUUCUCAUCUGUCACCACUCCAAAGAUGCUCAUGAAUAUGCUGACACAUAGUCAAUCCAUCUCUUAUGCUGGGUGCAUUUCCCAGUCAUAUUUUUUUGCAUUGUUUGCUGGUCUUGACAGCUUUCUUCUCACCUCAAUGGCCUAUGACAGGUAUGUGGCCAUCUGUCAUCCCCUACAUUACAUGACCAUCAUGAGUCAGAGACGCUGCUUCCUGCUAGUAAUUGUGUCCUGGGGGUUAUCCAUUGUCAAUGCUCUUGUGCAUACCAUCCUACUAUCCUUCCUCUCUUUUAGCAUGAGAAGAGAUAAUCAAAGCAAUGUGUCUGAAUUCAUCCUCCUGGGACUCCCUAUUAGGAAGGAAGAGCAAGUCAUGUACUAUGCCCUGUUCCUGGUUAUGUACCUGACCACGGUGCUGGGGAACCUGCUUAUCAUCCUGCUCAUUAGGCUGGACUCCCACCUUCAUACACCUAUGUACUUCUUCCUCAGUCACUUGGCGCUCACUGACAUCUCUUUCUCAUCAGUCACAGCCCCAAAGAUGCUCAUGAAUAUGCUGACGCAUAGUCAAUCCAUUUCAUAUGCUGGGUGCAUUUCACAGGAGUUCUUUUUCUUAUUAUUUGGUGGCCUUGACAGCUUCCUUCUCACCGCAAUGGCCUAUGACAGGUAUGUGGCCAUCUGUCAUCCCCUGCACUACAACAUUAUCAUGAGCCAUGUCCUCUGUUUUCUGCUAGUAAUUCUGUCCUGGAUCUUAUCUUCUGCUAGUGCUUUUGUGCACACUCUCCUUCUAGCUCAUCUCUCUUUCUAUGGAGACAACACACUCUACCACUUCUACUGCGAACUCUCUGCUUUACUUAGGCUGUCCAGCUCAGACACCACUAUCAAUGACUUGGCUAUUCUCAUUGUAGGAUCAAUGGUUAUUACUCUGCCAUUCGUAUGCAUUCUGGUAUCUUACGGCCACAUUGGGGCCACCAUCCUCAGAGUUCCAUCCAUUAGGGGAAUCUGCAAAGCUUUGUCCACAUGUGGUUCUCAUCUCUCUGUAGUUACUUUGUACUAUGGAGCAAUUAUGGGUCUCUAUUUUGUCCCUUCAUCUGAUGACACUGAUGACACAAAUAUCAUUGUGGCUGCUGUGUACAGUCUGGUCACACCCAUGCUAAAUCCCUUUAUCUACAGUCUGAGGAAUGGGGAUAUGAAAAGAGCUCUGAGAAAUCUCCUUAACAGAGGAAAUUUUUUGGUGUAA